AAACAAAAUUAAAAACACAUCAAACAAAAAACAGAAUUUAAAUUAUAAAUUGAGCGGAAGGAUCGUUUAAAAUGCAUUUUAAAGACUUGCUGCUUCGGUUUACUAUAGAAACGCUCCAUUGAUAACGCAGUCAUGGUAAUGUGAAACACGUUAUGUCUCGUUAUCAACUGAUGGAAGGAAUUAACAAUAAUUCAGCACCUCAAUGUGAAAAUGUUGCCCAAAUUGAUAAAGCACAUGAUCGUUUCCCCUUCUGUAUCGUUUGGACCCCAAUUCCUUUUUUAACUUGGUUGUUUCCAAUAAUUGGUCAUAUGGGUAUUGCAAUGUCAUCGGGUGUUAUAAGAGACUUUGCUGGUCCAUUUUUCGUUUCUGAAGAUAACAUGGCUUUUGGAAGACCUACAAAAUAUUGGCAACUAGAUCCUUCAAAAGCUCGCGGCAGUAUUUCUGGGUGGGAUCAUUCCGUAAGAGAAGCAUCAGAAAUUUACAAGGGAAGAAUGCACCAUCUUCUGUGUGAUAAUUGUCAUUCCCAUGUUGCUACUGCACUAAAUUUAAUGAAAUAUGAUAAUGCUAAUUGGAAUAUGGUAAAAUUGGCAAUAUUAAUGCCAUUUUAUAGUAGGUAUGUCAGUUUUUCUGCUGUUUUGAAAACAUGGGUGCCAUUUUUAGUAAUAUUAAUAGUUGCUGUUAUUUUAUGUACUGUUUUAUAAUUUUAGUUAAUAUUCGUUUUGAUUUUAUGAAGGUUUAUGGAUGGAUAAAUCAUUAGUUAAAAAAAUAUUAGCUCUUGGAAAGAUAUUUCUAUAAAAUCAUUAUUUUUUUGUACAAAAAUAA